UUUUUGACCAUCUUGUUUUUCCCCUUCCCCUCUUCUCGGUCGCAUAGCUUUUUCAUUAUACAUACACAUAUACCCACCCCUGUAUACUCAUUACCACGGCAUCGGGUCACUCUGUUGACGCGUUGACCCUGUAACCGCACAGACGAAAGAAAGCGAGCUCUCAUUCACUGGCAGGCAUUGAAUCGAGAUCGCGAUAGCCGCCCUGAAACAUGGCUAUCCAGGAUGAAAAGCCGCCUUCGGUAUCUUCCCUUAACGGCCACACAGCAGUUCCGAAGGUGAAUGGAACGAACGGGACGAACGGGACGAAUGGUCUCAACGGCGCCCAUUUCAGCUUUCCUGACCCGGCAUCCAAACUGACCGGGAUUAGUUCAGAUGAACAAGGUCCUAACUCCGAGAUUCCUUUCGAGGACACAACCCCUCCAAUUCCGCGCUUUUCUCCCCAGACUUCGACAGAUGAGCCACGGCCAAAUGAAUAUCCCAGAAUAAGAACAUACAAUGAUGAUUCAGACCUGAAACAGCCUCCAAGAUUAUCGCGGCCCGUAGAACUCUUGAGAAAGGAGUAUGAUGUGGUCGUUAUCGGAUCAGGCUAUGGGGGAAGUGUUGCAGCCAGCCGGAUGGCCAGAGCUGGCCAGACAGUCUGUCUCCUAGAACGAGGACGGGAAAGAUGGCCCGGAGAGUACCCAAGUGGAGUCGUUGAUGCGAUGGAGCAACUGCAUGUUUCCGGUGAUUUCGCUCCCGGACUCCUGGAGCUGGAAGGUUCUCUGGUCGAAGGAGGUGAUCCAACCGGACUCUACCAUCUCAUCGUUGGCAAAGGGCAGAACGUGUUUGUGGGAAAUGGGCUAGGUGGGACGAGUCUCUUGAAUGCAAACAUCUUUCUAGAGGCUGAUAACGGCACCAUGGGAAUGGAUUGCUGGCCAGAAGACCUUCGAAAACCGGAUGCGCUAAAACCUUACUAUGAGCGAGCAGCAUCUGUUCUCGAGCCAAAGAGCUACCCAAAGGACUGGCCAUUGCUUCCGAAACUACGUAUGCUAGAGAAGCAGCAGAAGGCUCUCGGCUUGGGAAAAUUCUACCGACCCCGGCAAACCACUCGAUUUCAGGGUGGACCUAAUAGCACCGGAGUCGAGAUGAACCCCUCAACAUUGACCGGAAUGGAUAGUACCGGACUCAAUGAUGGGAGUAAGUCCAGCACACUUGUCAACUACCUUUCAGAUGCUUGGAACUGGGGGGCGGAAAUGUUCUGUGAAUGCGAAGUGAGAUACAUCAAGAAGCAUCCAGACCCUGAAGAGGAGGGCUACCUUAUCUUUUUUGCCUGGCAUGGUGACAAAAGAGAUGCGUUCCGGAAAAAUAUAUAUGAAGAUCUUAUGUGGGUGCACGCAAAGAAAUGUGUGUUCCUUGGCGCAGGGAGUAUCGGCACUACUGAGAUUCUCCUUCGAAGCAAGGAGCUGGGGCUGCCGAUGAGCGACAAGGUUGGCUUAGGUAUGAGCGGGAAUGGUGACAUGUUGGCUUUUGGAUAUAAUACUGAGGAAGAGGUCAACGCAAUGGGGCACCAGAAUCCGCCCGCCUCCAGACCUGUUGGUCCAACAAUUACAGGUAUCAUCGAUUGCCGCGAAGGUCACAAGAACCCCCUUGACGGAUUCGUCAUUGAAGAAGGCGCCGUGCCAAAGGCCCUGGUUCCUCUUCUUCAAACUAUGCUAGAGCUUAUGCCUGGUAAAGAAGAACCGCAGCUCAGCCUUCUGGGUAAGGUGAAGCAGUCUCUUGCAUCACAAGGUAGUCGCUUCUUAGGGCCAUACUUCUCCAAAGGAAGUCUCGAGAAGACACAAGUCUACUUAAUAAUGAGUCACGAUUCCAACCAGGCCGUCCUUUCUCUCAAAGAUGAUAAGCCAGUAUUGGAGUUCUUGGGAGUUGGGCGCAGUGAACAUGUGAAGUAUUUGAAUGGUGUUCUGAAAGAUGCCACGGAGGCCGUCGGUGGAACCUUUAUUAACAACCCCUUCUAUGCUGCCUUAGGUCGACAGGAAAUAUCUGUCCAUCCCAUUGGCGGGGCUUGCAUGAGCAACGAUGGUACAGGAGCGAACGGGGUUACAGACCAGUAUGGUGAAGUUUUCAGUGGAUCUGAUAAAAAGACGCACAAGGGUCUUUUUGUUACAGACGGUGCGGUCAUUCCUACAGCACUGGGAGCCAAUCCUUUUGCGACUAUUACAGCGCUCGCCGAGCGUUCAGUCGAGUAUGCAGCAUCUAAACGAAUCAAUAAAGAGAUCAAUCUGGAGCAAAAGAACGAUCUCCUGAACCUUUUUGGUAACCCAGGUCAAUUUCCUGACGACUUCGAAUUACCUAGUCGGACGAAUACGAACCGAAUUCGAAGGGCAACUGAAGAGAUCGAGAGCACAAAUGCAGCGAAAACGAACGGAUUCGGCUUCGCGGAAGUCAUGUCUGGCUAUAUUCAUGUUGGCAGUGACAUCGAUAGUGGCAAGUUCGAAGACUUUGAGGUCGCUGCAAAGACAGCCCAGGCACUUUGUGAACAAGCAAGAUUUUUCUUGAGCGUUAAGGCGUGGGAUACCGAGACUAUCGUCAACCGAGCCGAUCAUUCAGCAAUGAUCACAGGCACAUUUACUUGCGCCGGACUACCUGGCAGCCCUUUCAUGGUUCAACGAGGCAAUUUCCAUUUGUUCACCGUGGAUGAAAAGGCACCCGGCACCCGGAAUCUCAGCUACGAUUUCGACAUGUCUUCAAUAGAUAACAAGCGAUAUCACUUCCACGGAUAUAAAGUCAUUGACUCGUCGUGUGCCUUGUCACCGUUGCGCUUCUGGACCUCAGCUUCGACUCUCUAUGUGACUAUCUCAGAAGUCACCAAUGGGAGACGCACUAUUGGACGUGGUGUGAUGAAAAUCAACCCAGUUGACUUUCUCUCUGAGGUACUCACCUUCAAGGCAUCUGGCAGAAAUGCCUUAGCAAGACUACAAUCUACAGCUAGCUUCCUGAGUUUCUUUGCCAGGAAAUCCGCGAAUCUCCUGUUCGCGCCUUUUACGCCUCAACAAUACUCGGCUGUCACAUACACGGGAUAUAUUAACGACACAUCUCCGGAUGAAACAUUUGAUAUCGUAGCAAGAGAUGGUGUCCAUACUUUGAUGCACAUGUGGGAGUCGCAAAACCCAAAUAUCGAGACGAAGACAAUUUUCAUGGUGCCCGGUGCCUCAGUCGACCAACAAAUCUUCUCUCUUCCAACUAUCAAAGUCAAUACUGUCAAUUACCUUACCCGCGCCGGAUACCGAGUCUAUGUGAGCGUGCACAGAAUCUGUCAUCUGAUGGUGGCAGAGACUGACUGCACAACAUAUGAUGCCCGCCUUGAUCUCCGGGCCUGCCUAGAGAAGAUCAGAGAGAGGGAAGGCACAGAGAAAAUAUACACCAUAUGCCAUUGCAUGGGCGCUGUGGCAUACUCCUCCGGCCUGCUGGAUGGCACAAUUCCAACUGAGUGGAUCAAAGGGAUCUUCUGUUCACAAGUCUUCAUGAAUCCAGUCUGGGCAACACUCAACAUCUUUAAAGCCAGCGCUGGUCCCAUCCCCUUCGACAAACUCUAUGGCAUGCUUGGCGGGCACUGGUUCUCUUGCUCUUCUACGCCCGACGAUUCGUUCUUCCAACGACUGCUCAACCAGGCUCUUCGGUUCUAUCCAGUCUCAAGACCCGAGAUCUGCAAUAAUGUGUCUUGUCAUCGCUGUUCGCUUGUUUUUGGACGACUCUGGAACCAUCGUAACCUGAAUGAAGCAACGCACCGGCAAAUAGACCGCUUCUUCGGAGGCGUGAACAUGACGCUCCUGAAUCUCCUGAUGCAGAUGGGUGUACGGGGCAACGUAACCGGCAACAAGCCAUUAUACAAGGACCUCGUCACCGACCGAAAUGUCGCACGCCUGGAAGGGAUCCCCAUUGGACUCAUGUCUGGAUCUGAUAACAAGGUCCUGAACCCCCUUUCCACGGAUAAAACAUAUUCGAUUCUAAGGGAUAAGUUUGGGGCGGAUUUGUACGAGAGGACUGAGAUACCGGGAUACGGACAUCUGGAUUCUUGGAUGGGUAGGGAGGCAUAUAAGGAUGUGUAUCCGAUUGUUCGGAGGCAUGCGGACAAGGUAUGCAGAGGGAAGGAUUAUAAGUACGAGGAGCCGGAUUGGAGCGAUUGGAAGACUUGGAGGGACAGGCGCUAGGUAGGUUCGGGUGUUUAGGGAGGCUUCGCGAUAUAUUGGGAUAGGAUUGUAUUUUGGGUACUGGGUUGGGUAAAUGGUCGGAGUUUUGUAGAUAAUGCAUGUACGGAUAUACAGAUAAUUAAUAAAUGUCACCAAGGUAGCUAGCCACGCAGGUUGCUAUAAUAGGGACAACCUCUAC